GCGCAAGCAUGUGCUUGAAGAAAAUGCUUGUCGAUUGUCCAUCGUUUCGUGUUUAAGCGGAUAUAUUUUUUUACAGGGUCUUUUUGUUUCGCCUCUUUUUGGUUACGACAAGGUUAAAAUCACAUAUUAUUCCUUUUUGAAAUCAGGGUCUAAACUUGAACUUUGUUAAAAUGGCUGAAAUGGAUGAUCAUCACUUCGAAACCGGAGAUUCUGGUGCUUCUCAAACUUUCCCUAUGCAAUGUUCCGCAUUGCGUAAAAACGGUUUUGUAAUGCUCAAGGGUAGACCCUGUAAAAUUGUCGAAAUGUCUACUUCCAAAACAGGCAAACACGGUCACGCUAAAGUCCAUUUGGUCGGCAUUGAUAUCUUUACAAAUAAGAAAUAUGAAGAUAUCUGUCCAUCAACUCAUAAUAUGGAUGUCCCUCAUGUUAAGAGAGAGGACUACCAAUUGACCGAUAUCAGUGAUGACGGAUACUUGACCUUGAUGUCUGACAACGGCGAAAUUAGAGAAGAUCUUAAAUUGCCCGAAGGUGACUUGGGUAACUCUUUGAGAACCGAUUUCGACAAUGGCAAAGAUCUUUUGUGUACUGUCCUUAAGUCUUGCGGCGAAGAAUGCGUUAUUGCCAUUAAGACUAAUACCGCUCUUGACAAGUAGAGAGUGUGUAUUUUGUGUGUAGUGAGUUCUUUUUAUUUUUGUUUUUAAGAAAAUACGUACCAACAGCUACAACAAGAAAUAAAAUUUUUUGAUAAAAAAUGAGAAUAAUAAGGACUUCUAUAAUUCUAGUUGCUGCAAAUUUCUUUUGCAUUUAAAAUGAGUAAAACAAUUUAUUGAAAA